CCGGCAUUCCGCYGCCGUUCGGCUGCGCGGCGUCGGCUCCCGCGGCUCUGUGCGGCCCCGCAGUSGGACCCCGUUCGCCCGCUGGCCACCGGUGGCGGGGGUGAUGGCCCCCUGAGCCGGCCGGCAGAAGGUAGUGGCGGGCGGGCGGGCGCCGCUGCCCGGCCCGGGUCGGGGCGGAGGCCGGGUCGCGCCUCUUUGUCUCCACAGGCGGCAGCGCGUCCCCGGCUGCCGGGCGGAAGUGGGACGCGCGGGUGCUGGGCCACAGCCACCACACCAUGAGCGACAUCCGCCACUCGCUGCUGCGCCGGGACGCCCUGAGCGCAGCUAAGGAGGUGCUGUACCACCUGGACAUCUACUUCAGCAGUCAGCUGCAGAGCGCUCCGCUGCCCAUCGUGGACAAGGGCCCCGUGGAGCUGCUGGAGGAGUUCGUGUUCCAGGUGCCCAAGGAGCGCGGCGCGCAGCCCAAGAGACUGAAUUCACUUCAGGAGCUUCAGCUUCUUGAAAUCAUGUGCAAUUAUUUCCAGGAGCAAACCAAGGACUCUGUGCGGCAGAUUAUUUUCUCAUCACUUUUCAGCCCUCAGGGGAACAAAGCCGAUGACAGCCGGAUGAGCCUGUUGGGAAAACUGGUGUCCAUGGCGGUGGCUGUGUGUCGAGUUCCAGUGUUGGAGUGUGCAGCCUCCUGGCUCCAGCGAACACCUGUGGUCUACUGUGUAAGACUUGCCAGGGCUCUCGUGGAUGACUACUGCUGUUUGGUGCCAGGCUCCGUACAGACACUGAAACAGAUAUUCAGUGCCAGCCCUCGAUUCUGCUGUCAGUUCAUAACAUCUGUCACUGCGCUCUAUGACUUGUCAUCAGAUGAUCUCAUUCCACCUUUGGACUUGCUUGAAAUGAUUGUCAACUGGAUUUUUGAGGACCCAAGGUUGAUUCUCAUCACUUUUUUAAAUACUCCAAUUGCAGCCAAUCUACCAAUAGGAUUUUUAGAGCUCACCCCACUCAUUGGAUUGAUCCGCUGGUGCGUAAAGGCCCCUCUGGCUUACAAAAGAAAGAAGAAGCCUUGCUUAUCCAAUGGCCAUGUCAAUAAUAAGGUUGCAAAGGACUCGGGUGUGGGGAUGGACAGAGACUCCCACCUUUUGUACUCAAAACUCCACCUCAGCGUCCUACAGGUUCUCAUUACGCUCCAACUGCACUUAACUGAGAAGAAUCUCUAUGGGCGCCUGGGACUGAUCCUGUUUGACCACAUGGUCCCACUGGUAGAGGAGAUCAACAGACUGGCAGAUGAACUAAACCCCCUCAACGCUUCUCAGGAGAUUGAGCUCUCGCUGGACAGGCUGGCACAGGCUUUGCAGGUGGCCAUGGCUUCAGGAGCCCUGCUGUGCACGAGAGAUGACCUGAGAACCCUGUGCUCCAGGCUGCCUCAUAACAACCUGCUCCAGCUGGUGAUCUCGGGCCCAGUGCAACAGUCGCCGCAUGCAGCGCUCCCUCCUGGGUUCUACCCUCAUAUCCACACGCCCCCGCUGGGCUACGGGGCCGUGCCRGCCCAUCCUGCUGCCCACCCUGCCCUGCCCACACACCCUGGACAUACCUUCAUCUCAGGAGUGACAUUUCCAUUCAGGCCCAUGCGCUAGGCCAGCCCCUCCUGAGCCACCAUGCAGCAGUGUGCCUUCUGCACCUGAGUUGAGGAAGCCCUCAGAAGAGGGUAGUGGUCCCAAAAAGAGGACCCUGGGGAGGCAACAGGUGGCCCCUCCUGGCUGUCAGACCGUCUUGGUGCGGAAGUUCCAAGUGGUAGCAGUCCAGGUGCCUACCUGUUCACAUUCUUAAAAAUCCAGAUUGGAUGGAUGAAAGGAAAAACGUACAGACCUCUGCCUAGAAAGUGCUGGGAGUGUUUUUAAGUAUGCCAGUUCCAUGAGCUUUGGUUCACUUGCAUGUCAUUCAGACAUGGAGCCUGUGCCAGGAGGAGCACCGAUGGGGAAGCCACACCUGCAAGUCCACUUGUCUGGUCUCUCCAUGCAAACGUGA